AUGGACAUCGUUUCACUUGAUUCGCCUUUGCCUGUUGAAUCGCGAUGCAACCCGGGUGCAUUUUCUGGAAACCGUGGCGGAUGUUCGAGUAACACCGAUUGUGAAUGUCAUUCGCUUACAAAUGGUCAAGGGAUUUGCGCCUCAAUAAUGAUCUCUUGCUCGACCCUAACGCCGUGUGAAGUUGACCGAUCGACAUGCCUCCGUCCAAAUACUGUCUGCAUACAAAAUCACAGAUGUAGCAACCGGCCCGUGUGCUAUCCAAAAGCUCUUGCUGACCUUGCUGUUUGCCCAUCUCUUCCCUCAACGAAUCAAUCAAUUGUUACAGAACCAUCGUUGAGCAUCAAAAUCUGCGACCAGGCUAUAUGGAAUCAGCCCAAAAGGGUGCCAUGGCUUCGUUACGGAUUUGAUCUUUGGAUUCAGUAUCCAGAGGAUAUUUUCAUUGAUAAAAAUCAGACAGUAUUUAUGGCGGGACCAGGCAAUGAUGCAGUCGGUCGAUGGGAACUGAACGCAACACACGGUGUUAUAGUAGCUGGUGGUAACGGUGCAGGUAAUGCUAAUGACGAGCUGAGAAGACCUAAGAGUGUGAUUGUCGAUGCUAACGGAGAUCUUAUCAUUUGUGAUAGUGGAAAUAGGCGCAUAGUCAAAUGGCCAAUGGGAUCUGAUCGUGGGGAGACGAUAAUUGACAAAUCAACACCGAACUUUACUGGCUGCGAUAAAUUGAUCGUAAGUAAAUCAGGCACGAUUUUCAUUCAGGACGCGGGUCGCUUUCUAAAAUGGACCAGCAACAUCACAGGAAACUACAUAGAGCUGAUAAGAAAUGUAAGUGGUGGUAAAUCUUAUUUUCUGUCCAGUUCCGGGGAUGUCUAUGGAGUGAGUGAACCCAAUGGCAUCAAGAAAUGGGCACUGGGCGAUGAUACAGGCAUAGUUGUCGCCGGUGGCAGUCGCAGGCCAGGCAAUCAAUCGCAUGAGCUUUAUGAUCCAACUGCAGUAAUUGUCAAUGACGAAGGCACAAUGUACAUCUUCGAUAAUGGAAAUCACAGGGUACUUCAAUGGCGCGCAGGUGCUACGGAAGGAACUGUUGUUGCUAAAUAUUCUAAUAGCAUCAGUAAAGUAUUCGGUAUACAUGACGGUGGUCUCUACUAUAGCGUGCACGGUUACGCCAACUACGUAUAUCACUUUCCAAUUGACACAAGUGCAUGUGUUUCAGUGAUGCAGAAAACGAAAAUCUUAUGCAAGCUAAAUAAUUUUUGCGUCAUUUAUACUAGAGUUGAUUUCACCAGAGAAAUAAAUGUGGAAACCUCGAAUUCAGAUCCGAAUCCGUUCAUGAUUUAUGCCAUUUUUGAUGUUUUGAAGCGGCAUAUUGAUGAAGUCAUUACUGUUUCUAAACAAGCCAGUGAAAAGAUAGUUAUUGUUGCUGAUUUUAAUAUAGAUUUGAAGCCAAACAAUAAUCACAAAUUUAUUGAUUACAUGACAUCGUUUGGAUUUACUUUAAUUAGUCAAUUAAAUAAAAAUUUCGACUAA